GAGCAGCCACAACAUGUCCAGUGAAGAAAAACACCGUGGAGGAGAAAAUAUUCAGUGAGAUGUUUUUGUUUUUUGGUUUUUUUUUUUUUGUUUUUUAAUCAAAGUCUUUUUGUCAGAACAAUUGGAGGAGGAGUCAGCUCUCGGGGUCAGCAUUUGGUUGAAAUUGAGUGAAAUUAUGAGUAGCCCACCCCUUCACCUAACACGACCCCCCUCCUGCUUCCUCCGUCUCAUCCCCACUCUAUUGAUGGGCUCGCCUGCAUCAUACUGGAGACCCCGUUGAGAGGAUCUUUUCUCUCUAUAAAGAGAAGAUGCGGCUCGCGCGUCUUUGAGUUGUUCGCACUGGAUUUUUGCAGCGCGCGCGCCUCUGUUGGUAACUUCAGCUGGCUCAACUGACCGCGAACAGAAAAUACUUUUUUUUUUUUUUUUUUUUUUUACCCGGAACAUUUGAAUGAAACAGGAUUUCCCAGAGUCGGAGUGUUUAAAAAAAAAAAAAAAAAAAAGAAAUAAUAAUAAUUUAAAAAAAUAAAAAAAAUCUUGAUGCGCGCAUUCUGCCGCAUCUCCAGCGGCAGUUUCAUAUUCCGUGCGUUCUCGGAGCAGUUUGUGCUGCGGGUGGGGAACAGGAGCGCGAGGACAGAUGGCUGCGCUCACGAUACAGAGGACUGACAACUUUUUACACACCUUCCUGCAGGACCGGACGCCCAGCUCCUCUCCGGAGGGAGCGCCCAACGCCCUCUCCUUCCUGGCCACCACCUGCAGCCAGGCCUGGCAGGUGGGCAGCACCAUGGGCUCGGAUGGGUCACAGUUUCCCUACGAAGGCACGGUCAGUUCCACAUCUGGAAUGUUUCAGCUAUGGAGCAACGACAUAGCCCCCAGCACUGCCCUCAGCACGCACCAGAUGACUUUCACGGUGCCCAAGGUGCAGUUUCCUGGGCACAUGCAGUCCGGCCUGGGUCACCACCAUCAUCACCACCACCACCAUCCUCAUCAUCACCACCACGAGCUGCCUCUGACCCCACCGGCUGAACCUGCGUCCUCCUACUCCUUCGAACUGUCCCCUGUUAAGGUGCUGUCUUCGCAGCCGCAGUCCAGCAGCCCUUAUUACCCCCAACACAACAGCGUGGGGCAAAACUUCCCCAGCUUUCUGCAGAAUUCCUCCGCCAGGCAUCACCUUUCGGGCGGCCACGUGGAGGACGGGCAGCAGUGGUGGAGCCUCCCACAAACCAACAGCGCUCCAGCCAACCAUCCCUUCUCCCUGGGCAGGCAGCUGGUUUUGGGUCACCAGCCGCAGAUAGCCGCUCUCCUCCAGGGCACCUCCAAGGGUUUGCUGAGCUCCACGCGGCGCUGCCGGCGAUGCAAGUGUCCGAACUGCCAGACGAACAGCGGGGGGCUGGAGUUCGGCAAGAAGAGACUGCACAUCUGCCACAUCCCGGAGUGCGGCAAAGUGUACAAGAAGACUUCCCACCUGAAGGCGCACCUGCGCUGGCACGCCGGGGAAAGGCCCUUCAUCUGCAACUGGCUCUUCUGCGGCAAGAGCUUCACGCGCUCGGACGAGCUGCAGCGGCACCUCCGCACGCACACCGGGGAGAAGAGGUUCGGGUGCCAGCAGUGCGGCAAGAGGUUCAUGAGGAGCGACCACCUGUCCAAACACGUGAAAACCCACCAGAGCAGGAAGGGUCGGUCCGGGCAGCCCCCUCAGGGCACAGACCCAAUGCUCGCUAGUAUUAAAAGAGAGUGAUUUGCUUUAUGCAGAUUAAAAUAAAGCAAGAAAAAAAUAUAUAUAACUGUGGGAAUCACAUUUACUGCCAUAGAUUUGCACUACGGGGUAAGCGCUCCCUGAAUGUUAUUCUUCCUUGUCAGAAUCCUGCUUUUGAACUAACCUGGACUUUGGUUGAGUGAAAUUCUGACUGUUUUUGACCCUAAGAUGAAGCUUUUGCAGUGAUAUUGUGAUAGUUCAGCUUGAAGGAUUAAAGAGCCUUUGAUAUUCAUUAUGUAAAUCUUAUUUAAAUUUCAACUGGUGUGAAAGUCUAUUUUUUCAGACUUUAUUGUGUAAAUAUUUGACUAUGUUAAACAGCUGAUGAUAGGGUUCUACCUUAAUAUGUGCUCUAAAGAAUUAAGUUGAAUAUAAAUGUAUGCCUUAGCUGGAAAACUGCAAUUAUCUCUGAAAUUGUUGGGGGGAAAAAUUGCAAAUCUUAACUCGGUUUUCAUUCCGGAUUUGCCCAACUGAAGCCCAGAAAUUGUUUGGAAAUUUGAACUCUCUGAUUUGUCUGUUUUUAAGAGGCAACGUGAUAAAAUACGCUGCAGAUCGAUCCUUUUAAACUUUAAAUUGUUUGUAAGUCAUGUAAAACUAUUCUGAACGAUUUUAUUUGGGUUUUGGCAGCAUGUAAAUUUGAAUAAACACUGU